AUGUCACCAGCAUCGACAUAUACCUCGGACGAUGGCCCUUCAGCUCCCUCCUAUGAUCCGAAUCCUCCCACAGUUGCGGCCUUCUCCCCACAGAACCUCUCUGGAGCAUCCACUUCUAAGCAACGUUCCACCAUCAUAGUACACAAGAAAUCACCGCUACUCGUUGCGACGCCACCUCAGGUUACCAGAGCACUCGCCUACUCUCACCCUUUCCUCCUCCCGUUGAACCAACUCGUUGGACUUCUAUCAUGGAGCACCAACGAUCCAUGGGAAAGUUUUCUCCUUGUUGCUGGGUUUUGGGCAGUGACGCUCUAUGGUGAAGAGCUUCUUCUCUGGACCGGGCCUAUACUUGUGGUCAUAGGCCUGAUUCUUGGGAUGUACUCGCGGCGGUACUCACCCCUCUCGUCAACUUCCCAAACUGGUGAAAAACAUGGUCAUAAAAGAGAGCCCUCAGAUAUAAAACCUGCCCAUCACAAGAGUCUUGAUGAGAUAGUCGAGACGCUGCGUACCUUCACUACUCGCUGCAACAUAUUGCUCGAACCCUUCCUGUCCCUGACAGAUUUCCUCUCCACACAACGCACGGCUACAUCAGCAACCACUCGACCUGCACUCACAACGCUCUUCAUUCGAAUUCUCUUCGUUACCCCCAUUUGGAUAGUCCUCACUCUUCCGCCAUUCUAUAUCCUCACUUCCCGCCGUAUCAUCCUCACCUUCGGCACCAUCGCUCUCACAUGGCACAGCCGCCCAGCCCGAGUGUCUCGUGUCAUCCUCUGGCGGUCUCUGACUGUCCGGCGCAUCUGCUCUUUUAUCACCGGUCUCUCUUUCGGACAGGAUCCUGUUGCCCCAUUUGGUUCUUCAACCAGCAACAAGCUCACUCCACCACCCCUACCACCGCGCCGCAAAUCAAAAUCCCAAGACACCGCCGCGGCCGACCUCACCAUGAAACAUCGCGCGGCUUCACCAGGAGUCCGUUUCACAUUCAUUCUCUAUGAGAAUCAACGUCGAUGGCUAGGUCUAGGCUGGACUUCUGCCAUGCUCGCCUAUGAGCGCGCAUCCUGGACAGAUGAACACCUCAAUCCGGCACCCAGCAAAGAUCGAUUCGAGCUCCCAUAUGUAGAGAGCGAAACGGCGCGUUGGAGAUGGGUUGAGGGCUCGACUUGGAAGAUCGAAGGGGGAACCAACAUCACAAACUCACCCACAAAAUCAUCCUCCAAGGGCCCAAAAACAAACCAGAGCUCCGCUGCUGAUGACGGUGGUGGCUGGAUCUAUUACGAUAACAAAUGGAAUGAUGGGAAACGUGACGCAGAUUCUUGGGGAAAAUAUACCCGACGGAGGAAAUGGUACAGGGAUGCAGAAUUAGUAGAGGUUACGUCAAGUACAGAGGUCACCCCCAAUGCAACGCCGAAUGAGGCAGCUGCGUUGUCGGAAGUAGAGAAGGACAACGACAGUAAUGAUCAGAAGUUGAAGACUCGGCCCUCGCCGAGCAGGGAACCAAAUCAUAGAAAGACACCCUCUUCAUCCGCUUCAACCUCUUUGCAACCCGGUACUUCCGGGGGUGAUGCGCAACCGGAGAACGAGAAGGUCGACCUCGAUUCCAGCAGUGCCAAAGCCUCCAGUAAACGGAAGAGCUGGUUCGGGAAUGGCAAGAACAACAGGGAGAGACGGGACAGUAAGAGUAGCAGUCUCGGCAAGAAGAGCGGAGAAAGCGGGUCGAGCGUGCGGACGGACCCAGAAGAUGAUCAUGUGGAUCGCUGGAAGAGUCAGGAGAAUGAGGGCGGAAGGACGUUUGGGCUGGGCGAGGAUGCGGUCAUGGGGCUGAGUUGA